ACAUUUCGUCACAUCGCUCAAUAUCUCUUAUCCUCGUACACGAUUGCUACACUGGUAAUUAAGGAAGAUGGCGACGCUCAGCGCUGCAGCAGCCACAGUCGACGGAACGGGCUCCAGGACGCUCCAUGCUAAUUCGCCAGACAGCAAGAAAAUCGUCGGUGUUUUCUACAAGGCCAACCAGUACGCUUCCCUGAAUCCUGAAUUUGUAGGGUGCGCUGAAGCCGCCUUGGGCAUUCGGGACUGGCUAGAAUCGAAAGGCCACCAGUACAUUGUAACUGAUGACAAAGAAGGCCCAAAUUGCGAGUUAGAGAAACACAUUCACGACAUGCAUGUUUUGAUCACGACUCCCUUCCAUCCGGUUUACGUGACCGCGGAGAAGAUAAAGAAAGCUAAAAACCUGCAACUUCUUCUGACCGCUGGGGUUGGCUCGGACCACGUCGAUCUGAAAGCGGCAGCCGACGCAGGAAUCACUGUAGUAGAAAUCAGCGGAAGCAAUGCUGUCUCGGUGGCAGAGGAUGAAUUGAUGCGAAUUCUCAUCCUCGUCCGGAACUUCUUGCCUGGUUAUCGUCAGGUGAUCGACGGUGACUGGAACGUCGCAGGCAUCGCGCACAGGGCUUACGAUCUUGAGGGUAAGACUGUCGGCAUUAUCGGGGCGAGGCGCAUCGGGAAGCUUUUGCUUCAGCGCCUGAAGCCUUUCAACUGCAAUCUGCUUUACCAUGACCGCCUCACGAUUUCACCUGAACUGGAGAAAGAGACAGGAGCUAAGUUUGAGGAAGAUCUUGAUGUAAUUCUCCCAAAGUGUGACAUCGUCGUCAUAAACACGCCUCUUACCGAGAAAACCAGAGGAAUGUUUGAUAAGGAGAGGAUCGGGAAGUUGAAGAAGGGAGUUCUCAUCGUGAAUAAUGCUCGAGCUGCUAUCAUGGACACCCAAGCAGUCGUAGAUGCUUGCUCUAGUGGGCACAUUGCAGGUUAUAGUGGCGACGUUUGGAAUCCCCAGCCAGCUCCCAGAGAUCAUCCAUGGCGGUACAUGCCAAACCACGCAAUGACUCCCCAUGUAUCUGGCACCACCAUUAACAGCCAACUGAGAUAUGCGGAUGGAGUGAAAGACACACUCGAUAAGUACUUCAACGGAGAGGAAUUUCCAGCUCAAAACUACAUUGUCAAGGAGGGAAAGCUUGCGAGCCAAUACCAAUGAAACGAAUGAUGACCUCUCUUUUAUAUAUCUUCUCAGUUCAAGAAUGUUUGCAUGUUGAGUUAUGGAGUUUCUGCAACUAGUAUUACAAUAAGAGGAGAUGAUUUGUUGCUUU